AAGCAAAAAAAAAUCAAAGGUUUCAGACGUUACGUCGUAGUUCAAUUUUAAUGGACUCGUGAUUAAAGAUAGGAUAUAUCGAAAGAGAAAUAUGAGUACUGCUACGAAAGGCUUUACUCAAGACUUGCCUCCGAAAGAGGGUUAUCGUCCUAUUACAACAGAACGUGUACCUUUGCGUACUCUUCUUGGAGGACGGGCUGCUUUAGGUUUAUGUUUAGUUACUACCGUGGUGGGGCAUUACAUAUAUUUCAUAGAAUGGAAAAGGAUAAAGAAAGAAAUGAUUGAAAUGAGAAGUGCUCAAUUUGCAAUACAACCUAUUUUACUAGCUGAAAGAGAUCGAACAUUCUUGAAACAAGUCAAGCGUAAUAUCGCAGAAGAAAAAGAGCUGAUGAAGAAUUAUCCUGAAUGGAAAGUGGGUACAUAUAAGGGAGAACCGAUAUAUAAAACAGUACCGGAAGAUGAAUUUAUUGAACCAGAUCAUAUCGAAUACUUUAUACAUUCACAUCCACGUGAUUUGGAAGCCCAGAAUUACUUGAAACUAAUGUCAUAAAAAUAAUUAUUGAUAUAUUUAAUGAAAAUAGUAAUCUAUUAAGAUAGAGAUUAAAUAAAUAUAUAUGCAGAAACAACGCA